AUGAAGCAGUCCAUGAUCCUCCUCGCUGCCGUUGCUGGCGCUGUCACCGCCCAGAACCUCGGUUCUUGCGCACAAAUGUGUGUCAACAACAUGAACCUGAUCGCCAACACUGAGUUCAGCUGCGCCGCCGGCGACACUGCCUGCUUCUGCUCGCAGUCCAACUGGGCCUACGGUGUCCGCGACUGCUCUCGCCAGGCUUGCUCUGGUGAGGAGUCCGCUCAGGCUGUUAGCUACGCUGCCGGUCUCUGCCAGGGUGUCGCCUCUUCCAUCACUGACGGAGCCUCUGCCUCUCCUUCCGCGGCCCUGUCCAUCCUGAACCCGGCUCUGUCCAGCGCUUCAGGUGUCACUGGUACCGCAUCAGGUGAGGCUACUGCCACCGGCAGCGCUUCCCAGUCCGCUAUUACUACCGUGCCCCUUGUUGCUACCGUCACCAACUCUGACGGCAGUGUCCAAACCACUACCUCUGGUUUCAGCACUGUUUACAGCUCAGGAGCACUAACAGAGUCUGCAGCAAGCGCGGCCUCAAGCGCAGCUUCCUCGAUCGCUUCCGAGCUCAGCUCCGGUUUGUCUUCGAUCGCUGAGUCUGCCUCGUCUGCUCUUGCAUCUGCCACAGAGUCCUUGGGCUCUGCUGCUUCCUCUGCCACCGAUGCUGCUGGCUCUGCCCUGUCUUCUGCCACUGGAGCCAUCGGCUCUGCCGCCUCUUCUGCUACCGGCGCUGCUGGCUCUGCCGCUUCCAGCGUUGUUCCUGGUGCCGCCGCCAGGAUCACCGGUGUCCCCGUCGCUGCUGGCUUCGCUGCUGCCGCCUGGCUCCUCAUCUAA